AGAGGAGUAAAACACGAAAAUAAAUAUUAUGAACCGCUGGACUGCAGAUAUAGUACAGGAGAUGACCAGAGACUUCAGACUUGCGGACAUAGUACAGGAGAUGACCAGAGACUGCAGACAGUACAGGAGAUGACCAGAGACUGCGGACACAGUACAGGGGAUGACCAGAGACUGCAGACAUAGUACAGGAGAUGACCAGAGACUGCGGACACAGUACAGGAGAUGACCAGAGACUGCAGACACAGUACAGGAGAUGACCAGAGAACUGCGGACACAGUACAGGAGAUGACCAGAGACUGCGGACACAGUACAGGAGAUGACCAGAGACUGCGGACACAGUACAGGAGAUGACCAGAGACUGCGGACACAGUACAGGAGAUGAUCAGAG